CAGACACUGACAUGCCGUACAAUCUGCAGCAGCCUCCACGACCAAUGAAGUUUCUUCCCAUCUAUUCCUACGGCAGCCUGCAGGAUGCCAAUAUUCCUUUCCCAAGAACUUCUGGUGCUAGAUUCUGUGGAACUGAUCACCUAGUCUGCUUUGUCCGCCCCUCUCACAUGCACCGACAGAGGACCAGUGAAAUAACCCCCAGAGCCCUGUCUGCCCUGUCUGCGUACGCCCUGCCCACACAGACAGUGAGGACACCUCAGAGCAACCCAUCAUUUAACAUGAUGUUUGGUCUGGCCAGGUCUCCCCCCACAGACAACAGUGUGUCCAUCAGUAGUUAUUAUACCAAUAAAGACCACAGGAAGAAGCGUGCCCGCAGUAAAUCACGCCUCACAGAGCAGGGGGACAGCAAGCGUGACCAGAAGGCCAGGGUACCAGGAUCACCUCAGAAGAAACAAAAAGAUAAAAGCUCAGAGCCUGUGAUGAUCUAUAACAUCUCUUCUCUCUUGCCUAUCCACAGACAGCUGGCUGAGAAUUAUGUGUUAGACACAGAAGACAUAUGUAAUAUGUGCAAUAAAAAUGCUGCUGCAGCUGCUGCGGUGGGAAGGAGAGACCUUGUGCAGAUGUGGCAGCUGGUCUCCCUGGUCUCUAGUUCCAGUUUGGUUCCCAACCAGAACCCAGAUUCUGAGCCCCCCUGGGCAGUCAGUCCAUUUGGGGGUCAGCUCAUAGACUCUUUGAUAGACCACUACAGCUCGCUGUGUGAUGUGCAGACCCUGGCCAUGUUGUGCUGUGCAUUUGGCCCCAAGGAGGACGCUCAGCAAGUUGUCAAUCUAGCCUCAGCACUGAAUAGAAUACAGAGGUCCACCUCAGACAUUUCUUGUGCCAAUAUGUUUUGA